AUGCGCAGGCAUCCCAGAACCGGAAGCAGCGAGGGGCCGGGCAUGGCGGCGGCGGCGGCGGCGGUCGAGGGUGUGCCUACGACCCACCGCGAGGAGCCCGUUCGAGAUGAUGCCGCCGUGGAGACAGCUGAGGAAGCAAAGGAGCCCGCAGAGGCUGACAUCACUGAGCUCUGCCGGGACAUGUUCUCCAAAAUGGCAACUUACCUGACUGGGGAACUGACGGCCACAAGUGAAGACUAUAAGCUUCUGGAAAAUAUGAAUAAACUAACCAGCCUGAAGUAUCUUGAAAUGAAAGAUAUUGCUAUAAACAUUAGUAGAAACUUAAAGGACUUAAAUCAGAAGUAUGCUGGACUGCAGCCUUAUCUGGAUCAGAUCAACGUAAUUGAGGAGCAGGUAGCAGCUCUCGAGCAGGCAGCCUACAAGUUGGAUGCGUAUUCAAAAAAACUGGAAGCCAAAUACAAGAAGCUGGAGAAGCGAUGAAAAACUUAUUCCUGUGGGACAAAGUCUUUUUUAAUGUGGGAAGAAUGUUUUAUAAGACCCAAAUCUUGAGGUUGAUGAAUUGUCAAAACUCCUCAAAAGGCAACUAUGCUGGUCGUCCCAGAAACAUCGCAAUAUUGGAGUAAACUGGAGGACUGUGGCUACUCCUGGAGGAACUUCUUUUGAGACAGAAUCUCUCAGAAAAUCACACUUAUAACUCCUUACCUUUUACUUGAAUGCUUCAUCAUCCAUUCAGGACAGAGAGUCUCUCAAAGUUUGGAUAAGCCUGGGCUUGCCAGUAGAAUCAAGUGAGAGGGGCUGUUUUCCCUGGUAGCAGUUGAUUACUACAUAAUUUUCUUAAAUGGUUGGUUUUUGAGUUACUGUAUAAAUGGUUGUUUUUUCUAUUAAGGAUGGAAUGUAUUGCUAACAAGAUUCUAAAUUAAAAAAGGAAAACAAAA